AUGGCCAAUCCUCCUCCCUCCUACACUCCCCUCGCGGAGCGUCCUCUCAAGGACACCAUCUGCCUCUUCGAUGUCGACGGCACCCUCACCCCCGCCCGCCUGGACGCCUCCCCCGAGGUUCUCCAGAUCCUCGAGGACCUCCGCGCCAAGUGCUCCAUCGGCUACGUCGGCGGCUCCGACUUUGCCAAGCAGCAGGAGCAGCUGGGCAAGCCCGCUGGCCAGCCCGUCACCGCCCUCUUCGACUUUUGCUUCUCCGAGAACGGCCUCACUGCCUACAAGCUCGGCGAGCCCCUCGAGUCCAACACCUUCAUCAAGUGGAUCGGCGAGGACCAGUACAAGGAGCUCGCCAACUUCUGCCUCCACUACAUCGCCGACCUCGACCUCCCCGUCAAGCGCGGUACCUUUAUCGAGUUCCGCAACGGCAUGAUCAACAUCAGCCCCAUCGGCCGUAACGCCAGCACCCAGGAGCGCAACGACUUUGAGAAGUUUGACAAGGACGCCAAGGUCCGCCAGAAGUUUGUCGAGGCUCUGAAGGAGCGCUUCGGUCACCUCGGCCUCACCUUCUCCAUUGGAGGCCAGAUCUCCUUCGACGUCUUCCCCACUGGCUGGGACAAGACCUACUGCCUCAGGCACCUCGAGAACGAGGCCAAGAAGCCCGAUGGCAUCACCUACAACACCAUCCACUUCUUCGGCGACAAGACCUUCGAGGGCGGCAACGACUACGAGAUCUACACCGACUCCCGCACCGUCGGACACUCCGUCACUGGCCCUGAGGACACCAUCCGCAUCCUCAAGGAGCUCUUUGAUCUCUAG